AUGGAGAAGCUUGCCAUAGCUCUGCAACUACCCAUCGUCAAGCUCGUCGAUGGCUCUUCAGGCGGCGGAUCAGUGACUACCAUCCGAACAACCGGCUUCUCCUACGUACCACCUCUCCCGUCGUUCGCCCAGGUUGUGCAGCAAUUGAACAUGGGCAUUCCCAAUUUGGGGGCUGUAGUAGGUCCGGCAAUUGGUCUAGGAGCCGCACGCGUAGUAGCUUGUCACUUCUCCGUUAUGGCUGGCGACAUAGGAUCCCUCUUCAACGCCGGCCCAAACGUAGUCAAGAAUGCCACAUUCGAGGAAGGACUGACGUUCACCGACCUCGGCGGCCCUGCUAUGCAUUGCACCAACGGAACGAUAGACAACCUCGCUCCCGAUGAAGCGGGCUGCUUUGAGCAGAUCCGCACCAUACUUGGCUAUUUACCUGACUCCGGCACAAAGCUACCUCCGACAAUCGAAUGCUCCGACCCCAUUGAUCGGCUGUCAGAAUCCUUGCGUUCCAUUAUCCCACGCGCUCGGAACAGGAUGUAUAACCCGCGGAAGAUCAUUACUGAAGUCGUGGACCAAGGCUCGUUCUUUGAAAUAGGUGCGCUUUGGGGCACCACGGCCAUUGUUGGUCUCGCUCGCCUUGGAGGUCGCCCCGUCGGCAUCGUCUCGCUCAACUGCGAAGUCAACGCUGGAGCGCUCGAUGCACUAGGGUCGCAGAAGAUCACGCGCAUGCUGAAGUUUCUUGAUGUGUUCAACAUCCCGCUCGUGCAAUUUGUCGAUGUCCCAGGCUAUGCGAUUGGCACAGCAGCUGAGCGGACAGCAACCAUGCGGCACGGUGUACAACUCGCGACCACGUACUAUAGCACCACCAUGCCCAUAUUCUCCGUCAUUUUGCGGCGCGUAUACGGUGUUGCCGGCGGUGUCAUGCUCGACUGUCGUGACCCCAGGAUGAGGGUUGCGUGGCCGUCGGGAAUGUGGGGCUCAUUGCCUUUAGAAGGUGGAAUAGAGGUCGGGCACUCGUUCGAGCUCAAGGAAAUCGAAAAGAAAGAAGGCAAAGAGAAGCGUGAGCAGAGGUACAAGGAACUAGAAGAUGAGUAUCGGCGGUUGAUGAAUCCCGUGCGAACGGCGAAUCACUUCGGCGUCGAAGAGAUCAUCGAUCCGGCGUAUACGAGAAGAGUUUGCUGCGAGUGGGUCAGUCAUGUCUAUGAGAGCCUCUUACCACAGAGAGUGAUGGAGCGGGUAGCUGGACGGGUCAAGCCGACCUUUGCAUAG